ACAGACCUGGAGUUUUGUUGAACAGACUUUGUGUUGGAGCUGCAGAGCUUUUGGCUCCCUGUUAUUUGUUGCAGCAGGAGUGUUAAGCCAGGUCUCUCUGGACUGCUCGCUGGUGGAAGCUGAGGAACCUUAAAUAGUUUAAAAAUAAUAAUAAAAUGAGCAAUAUGUUGGACGACAACUCUUUCAUGUUCACUUCAGAGUCCGUAGGGGAGGGACAUCCAGAUAAGAUUUGUGACCAGAUCAGUGAUGCCGUCCUGGACGCUCACCUGAAACAGGACCCUGAUGCCAAAGUGGCCUGUGAGACUGUGUGCAAGACCGGCAUGGUGUUGCUCUGCGGUGAAAUCACAUCUCGGGCCAAUGUGGACUAUCAGAAGGUGGUGAGGGACGCCAUCAAGCACAUUGGCUACGACAACUCAGACAAAGGUUUCGACUAUAAGACGUGUAAUGUGCUGGUGGCUCUGGAGCAGCAGAGUCCAGACAUCGCUCAGGGCGUCCAUGUUGACAGACACGAGGAGGACAUUGGAGCGGGAGAUCAGGGUUUGAUGUUCGGUUAUGCAACAGAUGAAACUGAGGAGUGUAUGCCUCUCACCAUCGUCUUAGCUCACAAACUCAACUCAAAGAUGGCUGAACUCAGACGCGCCGGCGUUGUCACCUGGCUGCGUCCCGACUCAAAAACACAGGUGACAGUACAUUAUGAACAGAAGGAUGGAGCUGUCAUCCCCAAGAGGGUUCACACAAUUGUGAUCUCCGUCCAGCAUGACGAUGGUAUCACCCUGGAGGACCAGCAGAGGAUCCUGAAGGAGAAGGUGAUCAAAGCUGUGGUUCCUGCUAAAUAUCUGGAUGACAAAACCAUCUACCACCUCCAGCCAAGUGGUCGCUUCGUCAUUGGAGGACCCCAGGGUGAUGCUGGUGUGACGGGCAGGAAGAUUAUUGUUGACACGUACGGAGGCUGGGGAGCUCACGGUGGCGGAGCGUUCUCUGGCAAAGACUUCUCAAAGGUCGACCGCUCUGCUGCUUAUGCUGCACGCUGGGUGGCCAAGUCUCUGGUCAAAGCCAAACUGUGCAGGAGAGUUCUGGUCCAGGUAUCCUAUGCUAUUGGAGUGGCCCAGCCUCUAUCGAUCUCCUUGUUCACAUACGGUUCCUCCAAGAGAACAGAGUCCGAGCUGCUCCACAUUGUCAACAAGAACUUUGAUCUGCGGCCAGGAGUCAUUGUUAGAGACCUGAAGCUGAAAAGGCCGAUCUACCAGCAGACAGCUUCCUAUGGCCACUUUGGACGUCCAGAGUUUUCUUGGGAGGUGCCCAAAAACCUUGUCUUCUAAAAUCUCCACCGGCCCGUCGUGAUCGACCUGGCUGGAGACUCAACGAGACACCUCUUCAUGAGCUGUAACCUCUUGCUCCAUCACCUAAUAAGACAUAUUUAACAGAAAGAGCUGCAGCCAAAAUUAGGGAGGAAGGAGUACGAUUUAAAGAUGUGAGAGAGAAUUAGUGUGGUUUUAGAAAUAAUGGACAUUUAAUGCGAAGUUCUUCCAUAAGAGCAGAAGUCGCUGUCGAUUUCCCCCCUGUACUCUUCCAAAAAAAACAAAAAAACGCCCAGUUGUUGGUGCUAUGACAUUUGUGAAGUCACAAGUCAAAGGUCUUACCUGAUAAAGAUGAAAAAAGGACUCUGAGGAUAAUAUACAUUAACACUAGAGGCACUAGAGUCUUUUACCUCAGAGCUAUUAAUAUUGUUUUAUGCGGCUGUGUGGUGUACCGAAACAAUCUCAACAUUUCUUUUUUUUUACGGUCGUCAUAAUAACAGUAAGCAUUUCACAGGUGACUAUUUUUUAUUAAUGUUACAAGUGAGUUUGCUGCUCAACCAAAGUUUUGGGUUAGAAAAUGAUUUGAUGUCAGAAUUUCUGUAUGUUUUGUUGAAACGUGCUACAGAAAGCUGUUUGCAACGUCAUCAUUAUACAAGAGGACAGGUCAUUAAACGAAAGAGAAGUGCUGAUCUCUUCCAUAUGAAACAUGUUACAACCAGACAAAUGUUAAAAAGCUUUGGAGUAUUGUGUUUUCACACUGCUUUUCUGUCCUUUCAUCCCUGCACAGAGUGUGCCUGUUCCGCAGGUCUUUAUGGCUCUAAAUGAAGUUGAUUUUAUUGCAGCAGAUCUCACCUGGUGAAUUAUUCAAAUCAUAGUUUCUACUUGCUUCUAUAAAUGUGACUUGGCAAAUGAUUAGAAGUCUGAAACUUGACUUAAUGAGGAUCAAUGUCUCUCUCUCUCUCUCUCAUUGCCUUCUGUAGUGGAUUGCCAAAAUGUUGAGAGAAAAGCAUUAAGUGGACCACGGAUGUCUUAAAGUUGCACCAUUUUUAAGAUAGAUCUGUGUCUUAUUCAAUGUGAAACAUUGCUGUAUCUCAAAAUAUCUUGCACUGUUGUCUAGUUCACUGCAGACAUGAAAACUAAUUACGUUGAUUUAGAGGAGGAAAAGGGGAGUGUUUCUUAGGAUGUUUCAUACAGGGCAUUUGGAAAUUUCAUUUUUGAGACUUCACUAUAGUGUAAUCCAAGAAUAUUUAAUUCCGUCCAUCCGGACAUCCUCGGAAGUGACCGAAGAAGUAUUUAUUUAAAAUCAUUGCAUCUGAGGACUUCUGCGGUGAGCGUGACAUCUGUGUUUUCAUCCACAGCCAACAUUGUUGUUGUAAUUGGAGUUUUUCUCUACUUAACGUGAUAUCUGUCUUUGUCAUCCUCUGCCAGCUUUGAUGGAAGAGAAACUGGACAGUGUAAAUAAUUGAAUAAUAAAUACUAUAGUUAGA